AUGUUCAAAAUCAGGUACUCUCACUUGGCUAAGCGGAGAAUGCGGAUAGCUCCAAUCUUCCACAAUACAGGACUUAUCCAAUCUCGAUCAAUCAGAUUAUCAGCUGAAGGUGUUCGAGUAGCCAAGAACUACCGAUACAUCAUGAGUGUUCUUGCUGGGGUAUAUGUUGGUGUUGGUAUAGUCAGUCUUGGUCUGUUUUAUUUCAUGUAUCACGACGCCGACACUCGCCAGCCUAUCCCAUUUGAAUUAAGUUUUCAAAACCAGGUCACAGCAGUCAAGGCUAUUAACAAGGACGAUGCCUUGAAAUCUCCUCGAUAUGCCGUGAAACACUAUCGGAGAUUGUUGAUUGAAUUAGCAAAAGAAGUCGAUCCAAGCGUGGAUGAAAAUAGCUUGGGUCCGUUUGAAGUACCAAUUAUUGAUUCUGACACUUUAGUGCACAAGAAAUCAAACAAGUUUUCAAAUUUCUAUAUCGACAUUGUAUUGAGAUACGCAAAAGCAUUAUUAGCGAAGGGACAGUUGGAAGUUUCUAUGGAUGUGUUGUCCAAGAUUAUCAAUGACGACGUAUUGUUUUAUAAACUAGGAGACACUGAAAAAUUGGCAGCCGGAAGUAGAUUACUUGCUAAAGUAUCCCCCGACCCUGAACAGAAACAAUACUACUUGAAAAGAGCAAUUAACAUGUUGAGAAAAUUCUAUCCUUCCAUAAUCGUCGAUCAAGAUUACGUACUUGCCGAAAACAGUAACAUCUCCGAUGAAAUCCUCAACUGUCUCAACGACUUGGCGUUCCAAUACGCCAGUGCUUCCAAAUCCACCAAGAACAAAAAACAAAAAGAAGAACUCCUUAGCAAUUCACUCAAAAUCUACUUGGCUAACUUGCGUUGCUUAAAUAUAAUUAGAGAAGGCCUUGAAACGCAAACCAAAACACAAGUUAACUUUCCUUGGUUUAAUUGCGAUCGUGAAAAUUUAAUCAUUUCCAUCUGUGAACUUCGUGCACAUAUAAGCGAAGUGAUGUGGGCCAAGGGAUUUAAGAAAAAUGCCAUUGGAUGGUCGGAAGAAGUCGUUGAGGAAAUUUACUAUGAUCGCCAAUCGUCAGCUAAGGCAUCGCCUUUAUUAAUCAAUGUAUUGAAUAACUUGGUGGCUAUGUAUGAUGAUAUUAAGGAUACUGCUUCCAAAAAUAGAUGUGAAAAAUUGAGACUGGAAUUGAAAGUGUUUGAUUUUGAAGUUAGUACAAAAUGGUAUGAUGAUUUAAUCAAGAAGUGGAGUAAGAUUAUGUAUAAAGACGGGCCGAUUGAAAUUCUUGCCAAACCCUUGCGAGAAAGAUUUGGAUUUGGGGAAAGAGUAUUAGAUAUUGAAGAAUACGAAGAUGAAGAUGUGGAAUAG